AUGGCAUCACCUCAGGAUACAACUCUGGGUUUGAGAGUAAAGCUAUCUCAUCUACUGUCCUCCAUCAUCAACACCGUUUACAAAUCUGAAAAGACCCCGUUAGGCAAGUUUCUUGAAGAAACAAAGUCGAUUUUGCACACUCUGGCAGGACAUGCCCAGGAGAUCGAAAAGAUCACUCGUGUCAAAUUCCAAAACUCGGUGGACACAAUGCCAAAAGGAACGAGAGAUAUUACUCUUCUUUAUCAUCAAUGCGUGGUUAUCGCCACACGGCCACUACUUCUGUCAGCGCUCAAACAACAACUCGACCAUUUUGGCCGAGGACUACCGGACAUGGAGGGCUUCAUGGCUCCGCUUAUCCCGUUGAUGUCAACAGGAAUCAAGUCUGCAGUUAAGACACUCCAGAUCCUCUCCGGAGAGGACACUCUAAUCGAGGUCUUCCUUCCUUUCGAUCUUGAGUACGCAUACGGUGCGGCGAUUCAUCUCACCAUUGCAAAUGCCUUAUUUCCAUCUACAACCGAAAUAGACGGGCCAACACACGGCAGAGAAGCACAUGCAAUCUUGGAUGACAUGAUCCACAAGGGCAACUCCGUGGCGGAAGUACGGAAAGCUGAGUUAACUCAUCUGGAAUUUCUUUUCAAUGAAUUUGCCAUGCGGGUUAAUCAGCCUGACGUUCAACCCUCGAGGCCGCUUGUACGUUCGCUUCAACUGCGGCCAUUCCCAAGUAUCUGGGAGUCUUCAACUGCGGAACCUGAUUUGGCUUCCAUGACUACGCUUAGCGAGCCUCAGCCCCUAGGUUGCGCACCAGAAACACCGAGCAACGCCGAGUUCCUUGAUAGCAUCGGAAUAUCAUCUGAUGAUUUCUUGUCCAUUGUGGAGCAGAUGGGUAGUCACGACGACGCUGAUCUACCCUUUGCCAUGCUAGAUUUGUCUCAAUUCUGGAAGUAG